AUGUCUUCGGCCAAGUUCACCUCACCCCCACCCGUUCAACCCGACUCUGUACCUGUUGCCCUGUCGUUCGCGCACAACUGCGACAACCGAGUCGCCGUAAUUACGCUGAACGCCCCGGAAAAGCUCAACGCUCUGGGCUGGGCUGACUACAAAUGUAUCACGCAAUGCUUGGAAUGGAUCGCUUUGCAACCGGAUAUCCUCGUCACGAUUUUCACUGGCAAGGGACGAUACUUUUCCGCAGGAGCCAACGUCAAGGAUCCCUCACGCACUCUGCCGGACCACGUGGCGAAAGCGGACACCAACACGGCGCAUGGCAAAGCGACUGUAGCCGAUUUUUACGGCGCACGUGCACAAGCUGGUCAAGGUAGACUGGCACUGGCGCUGCGAAAGCAUCCCAAGAUCUUGAUCGCCGCUCUGAAUGGACCCGCUGUGGGACUGUCAGCGGCAAUCUUGAGUCACUGUGACCUGGUGUAUGCGUACGACGACUUUUUCUUGUUCACACCGUUCAUGUCGCUCGCUCUCGUAGCUGAGGGCUUGACGUCGGUCACUUUUAUCAAAAAGAUGGGCCUUGGUAGAGCAACAGAAGCGCUGUUGGAAGGCCGAAGAAUGACAGCAAGUGAUCUCGAGCAAAGUGGAUUCAUCACCAGGCUGUACUCGAAGCCAGCUGGAUUUCAUGCCAAAGACAAGCUUGCUACUCCACCCAUCCUGGACCAUGUGCUGCAGCAUGUGAGGGACAAGUUCUUGUUUCCCAACUACAGCGCGUUUUCCCUGCUGUACACGAAAAAACUGCUCAACGAUGCAGCGUAUGCUUACACCGGUCUCGACGCCGUCAAUCAGGCUGAACUCAGAGGUGCAGAAUCCGUGUUUGCAUCAGGAGCUCCUCAGAAACGAUUCGAAAACAUCGCCGCUGGCGCACGUCACAAGCUCUGA